AUGGCUGUACCAAAAAAAAGAAGAAGUUUACAUAAGUGUAGAAAAAGAAGAAAUACGAUUUUUUUUGAUAAGUUGGUAGGAAAUUGGCUAAAAAGAAGAGAAUGGUUUUUCAGGAGCGAAUAUCAAAGAACAAUUUUACCAGUCGAACAAGAACCACCGCGAUUUAAAUUUCCAGGGUUUUGGCCUAACAAAUUUGUUUACCAAAUAUCGUCUAACAUAAAAAAAAUUUUGAAAUAA